AUGUCUGGUUUGCUUUUCUAUCUGCCGCAUUGGAAACAACUAUUGGCAUCCGGCAGUAUAUCUAAACCUCCAGCUAGCCUUGCACCACCAGUUCAAACACUGUUGUCACCUCCCUACAGCAGUGCCGGCAGCCAGUUGAACGAGAUGUCGGAAUUUGGUCAGAAUGAUAGCGACUUCGAUCUCAACAUCCACGGAAUCCGCCGAGAGUCUUCUCCUAUAUCGGCGCCGGUUUUAUCUCUUUCUGCAGAUAACGAAGAUGUUGGGCUGGAUUUACCAAAUGUAGCAGAGGCUGGGGCCCAUAAGGCUCAAGGACCGCUCUCGGUCGAAUGCUUCCUCCACUGCAAUCACGAGGACCAGUCGGGCUUCAAGUGGACUGGUCCACAUCCUCUCUCCACCUCUACUCUAGCUGAUGAUCUCUUCCUUUACAUUUCAGCAUUCUUUCCUUUCGAUGAGGUGUACUGGGUAGAGCCCCUACUCACACGACUUGAUCAAUCAACCGGCAAGGCAGUGGGAGAGCAUCUAUUCUUCCUGCCAAGGGUUGAAACCACAAUGGGAAACUUGCACUGGAUGCGUGAGCAGAUGCUAGAUAUCAUAUCCCCUGCUGCUUUUGAAGCCACAGCCCCCUGUCUUCAAUUGUUUUUGUGGCCGAGCACGGAACCUCUGCCGUAUUCCAGUCACUCGACUUUCUCCUCGCUAGCAACACUACCCAUGAUGCCAUCUCUGGAUCCGACAUUUUGCGUAAAGUCAUGUUAA